AAUUUCAUCGUCUGGUACCACUAAAUUUAACUAUUUUUUUUACCAUCGAAAUAGGAAUUUAUCGCUUUGCCAGCGGUGGAAACCCCAUAACAACGAGCUCACAAGCGAUUAAACGGAUUAAGCCUCGCCCACUGCACCGGAUUAAGCCCGUGGAUACAUCAAAUACAUCAAAUUCCAGCCCUAAUUGUCCACUUUCACGUGUGUGGGUGCCUGAUUGUGUGCAUGUGGGUACGUCUGCGCCUGUGUGUGUGCGUUGUUUUCUCACACAAUUUCGCUGCAAUUUAAAAAAAUCAACAAAAGCGCAGUAACAGCAGCAACAACAAUUAGGAAACGCAUUCAAUUCCGAGGUUGUUUGCAUAUACUAGAAAACUAAAUAAACAAUCGAGUUUGACGAAUCGCAUGCGGGGACUGGAAGGAUAAACAAAUCGAACCAGAGAACCUUUGAUAGCUCCGAAAUUUGAAGAAGGGCCACGUCGCUAUCGCUUAUCUACAAAUAGAGCUGGUGCACUGAGAAAAAUAUCGCAGUAGGCCAGUCGUGUUCGAUCGUCGCCUCCAAAUUAGCAGCACAACUUUUCAGUUUCCCUACGGGCGGUUGUGAUUUAGUUAACAAAAAUUAACCAAACCAAUUGGAAAUAUGUCCUCGUCGUCGGCGUCCGGCGGCCGGAAGCAGCCCACUGCCGUGUCGCGCAUGAAGCAGGACUAUAUGCGCCUCAAGCGCGAUCCCCUGCCCUACAUCACCGCCGAGCCGCUGCCCAACAACAUCCUCGAGUGGCACUACUGCGUCAAGGGGCCGGAGGACUCGCCCUACUACGGCGGCUACUACCACGGCACCCUGCUCUUCCCGCGCGAGUUCCCCUUCAAGCCGCCCUCCAUCUACAUGCUGACACCCAACGGACGCUUCAAGACCAACACCAGGCUGUGCUUGAGCAUAUCAGACUUUCAUCCGGACACAUGGAACCCCACUUGGUGUGUGGGCACAAUUCUCACUGGACUGUUGAGCUUCAUGCUGGAGAGCACACCCACACUGGGAUCCAUCGAGUCGUCGAACUAUGACAAGCAAGUGUUUGCUCAAAAAUCGCUAGCAUUUAACCUGCGCAACACCAACUUCUGUGAGCUGUUUCCCGAAGUGGUCGACGAGAUCAAGCUGCGAUUGCAAGGAACACAGGCGGCUGCAGCGGGCGGAGUUGCCUCCACUUCAAGCGGAGCGAAGCGCUCCAACGGGCUGGCCAAUGGUGCGGCCUUGGCAGCGGCGGAUGGAAAUCUGGCGGGAGGUGGGUUAGCCAAUCCUCUAAACGCGGGAGAUGCCAUUGAUGGCGGGGCGGCGGGUCCGUCGGAUUUGGCCGGUGGCGGCGGAGCGUCGGCACUCCAGAAUAGUGCACGGAAUUCCUACCUUAACUGGCAGUCCGUCUAUUCAAACCUGGUGAUCAUCAUCUGCUUUGCGAUAUUUGCCCUCAUUGUUAAUUACGUGAUCAAGAACCUGAAUCAGGAAUAGAAGUAACGACACAGCCUCUAUAUUUAUAUACAAAUAUAGUUACACAUCCGUAUGCGUGUGCAUAUUUAAUCUAGUUUACUCUAACGUAGUCUUCGUGGAUUCAGUACCGCUUGGGAAGUAUUUAUAGACCCCGCUUUAUCCAAAAAAAUUUACCGCCUCAGGCCCCCGCCAUCCAUUCCCACUAAUCCCACGAUCGCUGUUUAGUCUGAAAUAAUUGGCAAUAACAACUUGAAACACAGAAUCACACAUUUCUAAACUCAAUUUGUGAAAUUUAUAAAUUGUUUUGUUAUUGUAUUCAUUACUAUUAAAGCCUAGUUUAAUGCAAAAUGAAUGAAGCCAGGAAUAUGUUUGUAAAUGAAUAAAGAAGAACGGCAACAUAUGAGCUCGUGUACAAAUUAGCCAACUUAA